AGACUCUUUUUACUGUUAAUUCUUUCUUGGGAACGUUGGGUUUUGCGAAUCAAGAACAAGAGCAAGAAAAAGUCAAAUCUUUAUUCGUGUCGUGGAUUUCUUCACAUACUGUGGCGAUCUUUCCCUUGUGUGGUGCGCCCAUCUAUAAAGAUUUGAGUUACGUCGCCAUUUCCAACUUACGUCGGCUUUCAUUUGAAAUUUUGUCGACAUUAACAAGCCUAAAAUGGGCGACCCUGCAUUAGCCCGUUCAAGCCAUGCUACAACAUUGCGACAAAAAUUUGAAUUGGAGAAACGCCAUCUUUCUUAUGCCGACCUUCAUUGUGAAGUGGUGAAGAAUCCACCUAAUAUGGCUGCUGCAUCACCUUCAAACUGUAGCCAAAAGCAGCCUGUUGGAAGCAGAGAAAUGGAGAAGGAUGAGAUCGUUAGAAAUAUGUCGAAUUUGCCAAGUUUUCUCGAGAGCGGAAAGGCGACCCCAGAUAGAGCUCUAAGUUUUGGAGUUAUGGAUUGGGGGAGAUUACAGAAUUGGAAAUAUCAGAAUCUUAAACAGGGGUCUGUUAGAAGAAACAAAUGCUCACCUUCUAGCAGCAAUUGUUCUCCAUUGGUUUCAUCUUCCCAAGUGAGCAAAGGUCAAAGAGGUUCUCCUGCUCAUCAGAAGUCUCAUUUUAUCGUGCUUCCUGACGAAAUCCCUUCACCUCUCGCCCGCCGGUCGGAAACCAAGCUAAAAGAUUGCAAAAUCUAUAUUUCUUGCCCACCCAAGCUUCCAGAAGCUGAAUCAGCCAUUGAUAUGGGAACUUAUCAGAAAAAGUCAUCAUCUUUGAAGGGAAAGAUGAAGAUCCAAGAUGAGGGAGUAGAUGGAUCAGGGAAUUUUUAUGGAAAUAGUGAAACAAAUGCAAAAGAUUCAGUGGGAGUUGAUCACAGGAUCUCAUCUGAAAACAUCCAUUCAUAUAUGAAUAAAAACACUCUGAGUUCAUACCCACUUCUUGUAGAACAUGAUUCUGCAAGAAAUCCAAGUAGUGCUUCCAGGUUAGAAGAAAAAAGAUCAUCUGUUUCUUCCAAGAAUUCAGAUAUGAAUAUGAGUACUACUGUUGCUAGCAAGCAGCGAAAUAUGUCCCCAAUUCGUCGCUUUAGCUUUGGCCUGAGCUCUAAAUCUGCGUCCUCUACGACCACCAGAAAAAGGGGCGACUCUCCAGUUUCUAGAAAAUCAACAGCCGAUAAUUCAUCUGUCUCAAACCGCUCUCAAUCAAGUCCCUUAAGAAGGUUAUUGGAACCAUUGUUCCCAUCAAAGGCAGCUAAUCCCCGUCAAUCUACUGAUCGGUGUCAUCAGGAUCCAAAACUAAAAGUAAAAACAAAGCUGGAUUUGCGAAGCUGUAGUGAUAAUUCAAAUAUGAAUGACACGGCUGAAUCAACAUCAAGAACACAAGCUCUUUUUGAGACAGUGGUCAAGAAUGGCCGUCAAAUGUUCACAUUUGCCGUUGAAAACGACAAAAAAAUACUUGCGGCCACAGUGCGGGAUUUAAGUUCUUCUGGGAAAGAUAACAACAACCGCUGGAUCUAUUCUUUCUUCACCAUCAAUGAGAUCAAGGAAAAGAAAGGGGGUUUGUUUUCUCAGACCAGAAAAGACAAAGCUCAAGGCUAUGUCUCAAAUAUAGUAGCUCAAAUGAAUGUUUCAAAUCGUUCGAUUUCUAGUUGUAACACUCGGGAGUUCUCCUUGUUUCAUGUGGAUUCAAAUGGCCAGUCACAUGCUGAGGUAGCAGCCAUUGUUGUGAAGUUUUCAGAAAAUGUUGAUGAAAAAGAAGAUGAUCAAGAAAUCUUUAACAUGACGGUUAUUCUACCUGGCGGCAAUCAUGGUGUAUCGAGUAAAGGAAAACCACCAUCACCGCUGAUUCAGCGGUGGCUAUCUGGUGGUGUAUGUGACUGUGGAGGCUGGGAUUUGGGGUGCAGAUUAAGAACUCUCAUAAACCAGGUGCAAUCUAGUGGAAGAUCAAACUCAACUAGUGGCCAGUUUGAGCUUUUCUUUCAGGGAGAUGUUAUAACCCAGAGACGGUUCUUCAGGCUUUGCAUAGUAAAGGAAGGGAUGUUUUCGGUGGAGUAUAAUUCGUGUCUUUCGAGUCUAGAAGUGUUCUCGAUCUGUAUAUCCGUCGUUGAGUGCAGAAAGUCUUGUGAGCAUACGGAAUCAAGAACGUACGUCGCGAAACAAGUAGAAGACGAUCGAAAUCCGGUAAGUUUUGCUUCGUUUCCACCUAUGUCGCCUGUUGGAAGGGUUUAGAAGUGUUGUUUAUAAGUGUAGUGAAAUAGCAAAAUAGGUAGUUUUUGUAGGUAUCAAAUGUCCCACAAACUAUUGCAUUCUAUGAUAACAUA